AGGAAUCACCCCAGUUCUCAUCUGCUCACCCUGGACUGUUUUACUAGACUCCAAGGUAACCCCACCCCACAUCCUACCCUAAAUUCCUUAGCGACAUGUUCAAGGGCCUUACUAGUUUCCCUCAGGCUUAUGUAAACCUGCUUUCCAGCCAAGAAUCCUCCCUCACCAAUCCCAUACGGCUGCCUCUGCCCUCGUGACCCAACGCACAAGAUUUCUGCCCGCCGCUUCCUUCCGACAAACACUGGGCACCAACCAUGUGCCAGGCACUACCCUAGACAAAUAACAGAAAGGUCGAGUUGGGCAAGGUCCACUCCGGUGGCUACGCUGGGGGCACGCCCAUUGCCAGGCUGCCACCCUGAAAAGUCCACCCUGUCCUCUCCGUGGCACCUCCCCGCGCAGGGCCGCCAGCCCUCCCUCCCGCCUGAGGGCGCCCGAGCUGGGCUUGGAGGGGCAUCUCCCGCCCGAGCCGGCUUCAUCUCCUCUGGUCUGGGGCAAGUGGUGGAGAGAGACAACUGACGCAGAGAGACAAGUGACACCGGCAAGCCGGCCCUCCUGCUACACGGCCUCCAGGACUGGUUGCAAACACCCUAAUCCCGCGCUGACUGGCCCGUGACCUCACGGCAAGGACCCCGCGGCGGGCUGCCCGGCCGAACGCCUGAAAGACCCUGCUUGGGCCACAAGGCUAGCUAUUGCAGUGCCUGUCGGCCGGGCCCUGCGACUGGAGGACCAGGAGGGAGAUGACCUCAAUCUUGCGGAGUCCUCAGGCUCUCCAGCUCACUCUGGCCCUGAUCAAGCCUGAUGCAGUUGCUCACCCACUGAUUCUGGAGGCUGUUCAUCAGCAGAUUCUGAGCAACAAGUUCCUUAUUGUACGAAUGAGAGAACUUCUGUGGAGAAAAGAAGAUUGUCAGAAGUUUUACCAAGAGCAUGAAGGGCGCUUUUUCUAUCAGCGGCUGGUGGAGUUCAUGGCCAGUGGGCCAAUCCGAGCCUACAUCCUCGCCCACAAGGAUGCCAUCCAGCUCUGGAGGACGGUGAUGGGACCCACCAGAGUGUUUCGAGCACGCCACGUGGCCCCAGAUUCAAUUCGUGGGAGUUUUGGCCUCACUGAUACCCGUAACACAACCCAUGGCUCUGACUCUGUGGUUUCAGCCAGUAGAGAGAUUGCAGCCUUCUUCCCGGACUUCAGUGAACAGCGCUGGUAUGAGGAAGAGGAGCCCCAGUUGCGCUGUGGCCUAGUGCACUACAGCCCAGAGGGAGGCAUCCACUGUGCAGCUGGAAAAGGAGGCCCACGGCCAGCCUGAGGCAGGCCCAUCGGUCCGUGAAGACCGGUGGCACUGCCCAGCCUGUUCUAGACCUCUGCUCCAGAACAUUCUCCUAGGACCAGGGAGACCUGGGGCAUGGUGCCAUCUCUGUGAGGCACAACUACCUGCGUAAGGGCCUAACUCCUCACUGCCACCUCUUCUAGAAUCUAACUCUAUCUACCUCUUGUCUGGAAUGUUCAUGAGUGGUUCAGAGGAAUGACGGCUCCUCUUUUUUCUAAGAACUGUUCAUCUUUUUUCCAGGAAUAACUUGCCUACUUGACUUGCCUGAAAAGUGAAGUGACUCUCUAUUAGCAACAUUUGGCCUAUUUUCCUUAAUAAAAGUCAGUGUUCUACUGAAUCCUCAAGGUUGGGAGCACUACUCUAGGUGCUGUCUGUCUCUCCUUAACUGGAGUAAUUAAACCCAUCCUGAAGC